ACUGAUGGAUUAUUUAACAGGCGCUCAGUCCCAUGUCGCCAUCUGCCAGAAGAGGAAAAAUACUCUCCGAAGCACAUGAUACGACUUAGUUGUUGAAAAACAAACUGGCUGAAGAAAUAGAGGGCAUUCGAAUUGUAUCAUACGCAACAGGUGCGCACUUAUCCUACAGGAAGUCGCGUACUAAACAAAAGGUCAGUUUCUAAUUUGACAUCAUUUAUAAAAAUGGAUUGGCUUUCGUUGAAAUUAGAGCGAAAUUGAGCCCUAAAUGUGAUGAAUUGCGGUUUCCCAAUGCCGAGGUUAUCCUCGCGGUGAAGUCGUCGGACUUAAUUGUAACUAGGUAAGGAAGAGGUCAGGGGGAGGAGACGGUGGUGGUCGUGCAGUUCGCGGCAGCCAUGGUCGUCGAAGGGGAGCGUACGCUGCUGGCCGCAAGGCAGGGGGACGUGCAAACUCUCAAAGCGCAAUUAGCCUCGAAGACGCUCACCAGAGACGUGAAGGAUGCACUGGGGGCCUCCCCGGUCCACCAUGCAGCCCGGGCGGGCAAACUGGCUUGCAUGCGCUUCCUGGUCGAGGAGGCUGGGCUGCCGGGACACUGUCUGGCGAACAACGGGGCGAGCCCGGCUCAUGAUGCUGCAGCCACCGGCAACCUGGCGUGCUUACAGUGGCUGCUGACCCAGGGUGGAUGUCGCCCGGAGGACAAAGACAGUUCUGGCGCCACCAUUCUUCACCUGGCCUCCCGAUUCAGCCAUCAUGAAAUCACUGAGUGGCUGCUUAAGAGUGGGGAGGUGGACCCUGGGGCCGCCACUGACACAGGUGCCCUACCUGUCCACUACGCAGCUGCCAAGGGAGACCUGUCCUCGCUCCGACUGUUACUGGGGCACAGCCCAAAUUUCAUCAACUCCCAAACUAAAAAUGGUGCCACACCGCUCUACCUGGCUUGCCAGGAGGGCCACUUGGAGGUCAUCCAGUUCCUGGUAAAGGACUGUGGAGCUGAUUCCCUCAUCAGAGCCAAUGAUGGGAUGACACCCUUACAUGCUGCUUCCCAAAUGGGCCACAACACCGUCAUUGUUUGGCUGAUGAGUUUCACAGAGAUCAGCCUGAUGGAUAAGGACGGUGAUGGGGCCACAGCCAUGCACUUCGCAGCCAGUCGCGGUCAUGCAAAAGUUCUGAGCUGGUUGUUGCUGCACGGUGGCGAGAUAGUCACUGACAACUGGGGAGGGACCCCCCUUCAUGAUGCUGCAGAGAAUGGAGAACUUGAGUGCUGUCAGAUUCUGGUGGUCAAUGGGGUGGAUCUGGGUAUCAGAGACCAAGAUGGUUUUACAGGGGCUGACCUGGCUGAAUACAACGGACACUUUCAGUGUGCUAAGUAUUUGCGCACCGUCGAGAACAUGAGUGUGGAGCACCGGGUUUUGUCUCGGGACCCCUCGUUGGACCUUGAGUACAAGGAACCUGAAAACAAGCAGCAAGAUUCAGGCCUCUCUUCCCCAAACACAACCAUGCCCCCUGCAAGUCAAGCGGGCCACUUUGACAUAAGUUCCCCAGCCAGCUCCUUGUCUAACUACGACUCUGCUAGCUCAAGCCAGUCCAGCACAGGGGAGAAGAGGAGCAGCUUAACAUUGUCUCGAGGCCCACAGUUGAACACAGUCGCACACACAGGUGCCUCAGAGGCAGCCAUCUCUGACAUGCAGGCAUACAUGGACAUGCUAAAUCCAGACAUCGACCUCGAACGGCCCAAGAAGAGUCACGACUCUGUUGCAUCUCUACCACCGCCACCCACUUAUCCACCGCCGCCUCCCCCGCAUUCUCCCCCACCGCCUCCGGGCUAUCCAGCUCCGAAGGCCCCUCAAGAGGCGUCAUCGGUAGAGUUUUUGAAAGUCAAAAGCAACUUGCGGCAUGUAGAGGGCAACAGCAGGAAGAAAGAGCAUCUGACGGUGGGAGAAAACCACGACAAACUUCGGCGUGUUGACUCCAAUAGAAAGUCCAGGAGUUUCAAUAAGCAGCCAAGCACUGGGGACUACUACAAGACAUUGGGGAGCGACACUGCCGAGCUCCGUGGGAGCAAAGUCAUGGCACCAAAGGAGGAGGGCUCAGUUUUGCUGGAAGAGCCUGCCAAUGGCUCUACCCAAACGUCUCAAAAUGGCACCACAGAGGAAACUGUCCCGGUGCCGCCUCCGCCACCGCCACCGCCUCCUCCUCCAAGCAAUCCGACGCCGACGCCAACACCCCCACCACCUCCACCGUUGCCGCCACACACACCAACAAUGCAGAAUGACUCUGCAAACAUAACCCCCAACAAACAGCGACGUGCAUCAUCGUCAUCAGGAAGUGGGGGUCUCUCUGCCCCACAGGGAGAGGGAGGGGCACUAAGACAAAUGAAGAGCACAAAAUCCUUCAACAUGAUGUCCCCUACUGGUGACAACUCGGAAUUGCUGGCAGAAAUCAAAGCGGGAAAGAGUCUAAAGCCUACACCUCACAGUAAAGGCUACACCACAGUAUUUUCAAACAGUGGACCAACAGGCAACAAUGGCAACACCAUAUCUCCACCAGAGACUCGCACUUGUAGCCCACCACCCAAAAAUUCAUCCCCACAAGCGUCUAAUACGUCAGUCACCUCUCCACCCACAACGCCGAGUCCAACUCCCAGUCCGCCUGGGUCAGGAACCUUCAAGGCAAUGUCGGCAUCAGCGAGUUUUGAGCAACUGCACUUCAAUUCCGCAAUUAAUGGGAGCAGUGCUGCAGGGACACCGGGACAACAGUCGGGGAGAAAGUCGAGCCUUGCAGAUGUAGAGGCGCUCGUGCCUACCCAUGACGAGCAGGGAAAAGCUAUUCCCGAAUGGAAGAGGCAAGUGAUGGUGCGAAAGCUGCAAGUCAAAGUACAAGAGGAAGAAGAGCACAAACGCAAGGCUGACGAGGAGGCAGCGCGUCUGGCAUCGAUGCCAGCCUGGCGGAGAGACAUGAUGAAGAAAAAAAUUGAUGAAGAGAGAUGUGACAGGGAACAAAAGAGGAAAGCAGAGGAGGAGGCCAAACAGGCCAAGGAAGUAGAAGAGAAGACAGAGCAGGAGCGACUAAGGAUCCUAGGUUACGACGAAACCAAGCUCGCACCUUGGCAACGACAGAUCAUCCUGAAGAAAGGAGACAUAGCCAAACAGUGACCUGGUCUUCCCUCUCUUCUCUUCUGUUCAUUGAGCCCUUCCUAUCAUCAACACUGCCACUACCAAGGCAUUCACUGAUUGCUUUGCGCCCUGAUUUUUGGCCGUUGCUUUACCGAUGAUGUCCUGUCUUUCUCUCUUACCGUCAAGACACUGAAGCGAUGCGGACGAUAGAGGCUGGGACUUUCCUGGGCCCUUUUUGAAAGUCUCACCGAGACUAACUUUAGGCUUUAGUAUAGCUUCGGAAUGCACUGAUUGCCCUCACAUAAAACCUCUUCUUUGAACUGAACGUGUCCUUAAUCCAGACCACUUUGCUUCACCGCAAGUCCAUCGUGUUAAUUUUGGUCUUUCUCAUACAGAUAAUUAGUGAGGGAAAAGGGUGCUGUUUGUUAGCAUUGUUGCCACAGAAAGGGGUAAAGAGCUGUCAUAUUUUUGUGUUCUGUACAGUACCCACGCUCACCAUUGUAUAACACCAUUGACAGACAAAUUAAUGAGUCCCAUAACAUUUUGUAUAAACCUCAUAGAUGCUUAUUGUUUACUGCCACAAUUGUCAUUCUUACAAUCUUUGUUCUACCUUUCAAAUCUCUUUACCUAAACGUACUGUCGCAAUGUUCUGGAUCUGAACAUUCACGCGAAACUCCACGUUCAUUUCUAAAUCAGCACUGAAAGAAUUAAAGGCUACAUUGAUUGUAAUUCCUUUUUCUAUUUGUGUUAAUGGUAUGGUGAUCAUGAAUGUUGCGUAAUUUGUAUCAAACAUGUUAUAACGUAUUACUGUAUGUUUGGAUAACACUGCAGGUUGUUUGGAUAAAACUGUUUAUUUUGACAGAACGCACUUUGUCAGCACACACUGGUUCAGUAGAUAGGAUGAAUCCAUACCCGGAUGAUUAUUAUCAUCAUUAUUGUCAUUGCAUCAUGUGAAUGAUUUUUUUUCCCUCUGCAGCAAGAAAAUUCAUUGAUAUCUAAGAAACUGUUAAAUAUUUCUCAUACAAUGAGGAUGACAAAUUAGACUUAAGCUUAUCAUGAAGUUAUUUAACACACAUCAAUUUGCAACAUAUAAAUGCAGUACAGACUAGAUUUUUAAAAUGUUUACAAUAAGUAACCAUUUUAUGAAGCCUGCACUGCACACAUCAUUUGGAAAUAGUUACUGACUUUCAUCAGCUGCCAUAUGAUAUUGAAAUUUCUAAAUGAUAAUCGCCAUUUGAUUUUUUUUUUCUUUUUUUUUUUUUUUUUUUCAUUUAACCUUUAGUCUGUA